AUGGAGAAUCGUCGCCAGAAAUGUACCCAUCUUAGGUGUAUACCCUACUCCGAAUUUAGGCGGACUGAGAGGACGCUGAACAGCAGAUAUUUAAAAGUCGAGAAAACACAAUGUCGCCGAAAUGAUGCCUACUUGGAAUGGAUUCUUGCGGAACAUGGCGUUGGCAGAUGUCGAUGCCUACCACGACAUAUAAUAGGCAUAUGA